AUGGCAACCUUGUCUAGUAAACUUGCUGGUAUUACUUUGCCAAUCAACCAUUUUGGUAUACAUUUGAAUACACAAGGCAAAGUUAUAGAUCUAGAAUUAGCUGCUCAGAACUUUCGUUAUUCAAGAGAAGUCCUCUGUGAAAUUUGGCAUU